UCUGGCUACCACAGAGUACUCUUGUAUGAGUUAUCACAAUUACUAGAGGAUAUUACUAUACUCUUUGGUUAUCAAUUAGAUUAUAGAUCUCUCGGCACCAUUUUAGAAGCAAGUUGUUUUGACAUUCCAGUUUUCACUUUAGCCGACUAGGCGUACUUUAAGAUGGUAGGCCGUGCUGUGACCGCUAACCAAGGCGCUAAAUAUGAACAGCUGGCUUCAAAACCAGAUGUCGACGAAGAAGUAAUAAGAAGUAACGCAAAAGGAAAAUGGUCCGAUAUAUGUGUGCAAAAAAGUCUUUUCUCUUUGGGACUUAUACUAUUUUACUUUUCAUUGUCUAUUGGUCUCACAUUUUACCAAAGAUGGCUUUUAAAGGAAGUACGUUAUCCACUCUCAAUAGUGAUGUACCAUUUAAUAGUAAAGUGGCUACUGUCAGCAUUUGCAAGGGAAGUUUUACAUUGCAUCACAUUGAGAACUCAGCUAGUGCUCUCAUUUAUGACAUGCCUACGUUCAGUUGCCCCAACUGGAUUUGCCAGUGGCAUUGAUGUUGGCUUCUCAAAUUGGGGACUCGAACUUGUCACAAUUUCACUCUACACAAUGACAAAAUCAACAACUAUAAUCUUCAUACUUGGAUUCGCAAUAUUCCUCGGCCUCGAGAAAAAGUCUUGGUCGCUGGUUGGGAUUGUUAUCAUGAUAGCUUCUGGACUUAUCAUGUUCACCUACAAGGCGACUCAGUUCAAUCUUCUUGGCUUCUACUUUCUUCUGUUGGCAUCGUUUGCCGCUGGCUUGAGAUGGUCCUUCGCACAACUUCUAAUGCAAAAGUCUAAGCUGGGUCUGGACAAUCCUGUGGACAUGGUGUUUCAUGUGCAGCCCUGGAUGUUCAUAUCGCUGCUACCAUUCACUAUAAUGUUCGAAGGCACCACCUGCUUCGAUUACCUUUUAUCGUUGACUACGGAACAAUUACUGCCCACCAUUCUGAAGGUGUCCGUUGGUGCGAUAUUGGCCUUUGCUAUGGAGAUUAGCGAGUUUCUUGUCGUCACCUACACAUCAAGUCUUACGCUAUCAAUUGCUGGCAUUUUUAAGGAAAUGUGUAUUUUAAUACUGGCAGUGGAAGUGAGCGGUGAUCAACUAAGCGCUAUCAAUGUGGUUGGAUUGACAGUAUGCUUGUUGGGCAUCAUCGGACAUAUUAUACAUAAGGUUCUUGUGAUAAAGGCAGUUGCUGGUACAGUGAGGGCUCUGGAUGUGGAUGACUUCAAUGAAAUAAAUAAGAUGAGAGCGCCCCAACCUAAUGGUGAAUACGGCAAACCAUUGUUGGAAGACCAUGUACACUGCAAUGGAUUAAGCGAUGAUAGUGACAUAGAUCCUACUGAAAUCUUAUACGAAGUGUUACAUAGAAGAGAUGCGAAGUAAACACGGCAACAUUUAAUCAAUCGGAUUCUUCCUUCAAAUAACUAUAAUCAAGUAAAUGUGUGUUUCCACUAAUGAAACAUUUGCAUAAAAGCAUAUUGUUAUCUCUCUCUUUUGAUUUGGCAAAAUAGAGAUAGUAUUUCAUGCAAUCGUUUCCGCAGUGGAAAAUCACUGUAAUAAUUUUUUAUUCUUGUAUGUAUAUUCCAAAAAGCGUCUUUCCCUUUCUAUAUAAAGCUUCCAUAAUCUUAAAGAUUUUUACUUUGGAUUUAGGUUAAGAAGCGGUCAAACUGGCGAUUAUCAAGUUUAAUAUAUAUUUAGUAUACAUAUUUAUAAACAUUUACAACUAAUGUACGAAUUUGAUCGCUAAAUAGGUUUUGAAAGUUUUGUAUUUUAUAGUUUUGAUGAAAUAAAUUAAACU